AUGAAGUUACCCUCCACUCAUUACUCCCUCCUCCUGCUGUCCUCUAUCCUCGGCUUAUCCAGCGCGUCCGCAUCCUCUCACCUUAACGAUGACUCUCCUUGUGUUGCUCGGUCACCAACCAGCGGUCUCUAUUACGAUUUGAAUGCUAUCUCACUAGCGCCACCCGAAUUGAAGAAUGGCAAAAAGGUUGAUCGGGAAGCUCGGGAUGAAAGCUGGCAUGCCAGGGGACACGACUACCCCGCAAACUUUACAAUCAACGUCUGCGCGCCAGUCCUAGAAAAUGUGACGGAUGUCGUUGGAGUAAAUUCUGCAAAGUGGCAGAAUGUCAGUGCUUUCUAUGAGCAGGCUGGAAAGAUAUACUCGAUAGGAGAACAAGCUUCUGAGCCUUUCUUUCGUGGUCGCAAGCUCGUCCUCAAUUAUACCAACGGCUCCCCAUGUCCCGGUGAUUGGAACACCGCCAGCGCCAAUACUUCCAUCCGAACCAAGUCUACCAUAAUGUCCUUCCUCUGCGAUCGUGAUGCGCUACCGAACCAGGCCACGACAUCCUUUGUUGGGACUAUGGACUCAUGCUCCUACUACUUUGAGAUUCGAAGCUCUGCAGCGUGCGGUGGAAUUGCUGUAGACCCCAACUCCGGCGGGCUGGGACCCGGCGGAGUUUUCGGAGUCAUCAUGCUCAUUGCCGUGGCUGCCUACUUCAUUGGUGGCUGUGCCUAUCAACGAACUGUCAUGCACCAGCGCGGUUGGCGCCAGUGCCCGAACUUCAGUCUCUGGGCCGGAAUGUUCGAUUUCGUUAAAGACAUGUUCGUCAUCCUCUUCUCGUCUCUGGGUAGCUGCUUCCGCUUCGGACGCUCAAACAGAGGCUACCAACGCGCCGGUCAGAGCGACGACGCUCGCGGUGGCCUCUUUGGUGCAAUUGGUGGUCGAGGUGGGAGAGCGGGCUCCGGUGGGCGGGGUGAUGUCGAUGCCGAGAACCGGCUGAUCGAUCAGCUGGAUGAGACGUGGGAUGAUUAG